UGGUAUAAAAGUGAUAUGGAUUCUCUGGAAAUGCAUCAGUUCGUCGCUUCAGUUGCAAGUCUCAACAAAGUAUCAGCGGAUAACCGAAAACUCAAACUCAAAAUGCAAAUCGUCAAAGUUUUGUUCAGUUUCUUUGUAAUUGGAUUCGUGGCAGCAAAUCCACUUUUGUCGAAUCGCAACCUUGAUGGAUACACUUAUCCUUCGUACACCUACAAUUAUGCGGUGUCGGAUGAUUUCACCGGUGAUCAAAAAUCACAGCAAGAAACACGUGACGGUGACAUUGUGAAGGGACAAUAUUCACUGGUCGAACCCGAUGGCUCCGUACGUACAGUCGACUACGAAGCAAAUGACAUCAGUGGCUUUAAUGCGGUUGUCUCCAAAAAUGGAUUGUCUAUUCAUGGUUUGGCUCAGCCAGUCUUAGUCGCCUCACCACGUGCAACAUCAUACUCCGUUCAACGUGGCCCAUUGAACCGUAACUUAUUCUUCACCUACGGAAACUGGCAACAACAACAACAACGAACACCAGCUAGCACCGUCGAAUACAUUGCAUCAAACAAUCAAUUCUUGCCAUACAACUCAAUCAACUCAAUCUCAUACGGAUACAAUGGCCAAGGAUCGCUCUGGUAAAUGUUUAAUUCUACAUGGAGGAUAUUUCCAAAUAUUUUCUAUUCUUCUACUUCUUUGUCCCAUCAUCCAAACAAACAAAGUAAUUUAAAUUUUUUAAAAAACGAAAAAAAGAAAACCAAAUAAUCUGAAACAUACCUCUGUACGUGUACUACACUCAUUUUCAAAGUAAUAAACACCAUUAAUACCCGCUUUAUCCGCUAA